AUGAACGGGUUGGAUGACCCAAGUCUGCUUCCAGGAGAGGGGGCUGAAAAUGCCUACCUCGUAGCCCAGCUACGCACAAUUUCUGCGCGGCUGAAUGCAAUGGACGCGCGUCUGGAGGGGAUCGAAGAGCGACUUGCCUCCAUUGAAGAUCACUUGCAGUCUGAGAGGAAGGAAGCGCCGACCCUUCGUGAGGAAGAUGUAUCAGAUAUGAUAGGUGUAGAGUUGUAG